GAUCAGAAUGGAUUUGAGGCCUGGAGGCUUCUCAGCAAGGAUCUUAUGCCAAAGACUCGCAAUCGCGUCUUAGCCUUGUUGCGAACGAUCAACAGCUGGCCGUCCUUUGCGGCCCAGCAAGGACUUGCUCAGCAAUUGCUGCGACUCGAGAGUGCCUUUGAGGAGUAUGAACGCCUCGAGCCAGGCGGACUUCCCGAGAACAACAAGAUGGCCACGCUCCUCAGUUGCUUGACAGGCCAACUGCGCCAGCAUGCCAAUGUAGUCAUUUCUGAUGACAGCACGUACAGUGACCUCCGUGAACUUGUGCUGCGUUGGGAUGGUGCUAACACGAAGUGGUGCCAGAAGCCGGGGCACUACAAGCGGGACUGCUUUCAGUACAAGGCCUACAUGCAAGGCCAUCAGAAAGGUGCCCGGCAGGUUCAGGCCAAUUCUUCUGCAGCGUCUGAUGCUGGCACAAGCACGACUGCCCCGUCUUCUGCGAGUGCCCUUCAAGCCCAGCAAGGCAAGGCACAGUCCACGGUUCGCCGUGUUGCGGCUGAGCCACUGCUUUUCGAUAUGUCUGACCUGGAGGAUCCGUUUCCUUAUGAGCCCAAUGUCUGUAUGGUUACUGUGACUGCGCCACAGAGUUUUGCAAUGGAUGCCCAGGAUGAUGACGACCAGUGGACUCUGCCUCCUGAUGAUUAUGCUGUGCUUGACUUGGUGCCUUUGCUGUUCAAAGGAUACUCCCUUGCAGUGAAUGCUCAGAUUCGCCGCGUGGAGCAUGAAGAGCCAUCCCAGUUUCAAGCCACAGGCGAGGUCCAUGAGGUGUGCCCCAGCAAGCUACAUGUUGCGUCCAUCCAGGUGCGUUUUGAUGCUAAGACACUCGAGUCCCUUGAUUUUGGAUGGCAAGUCAGUACGUCUGGGCACCUGGUGUGGAGAGGCCGCACAAGUAGGUUCGUGGAUCCGAGUGCCAUGGCACCGAUCGGCUGGCCUCUCAUUUGCCGCAGUGGGACAUGGUUUCUGCUUGAACUCUGCGUGCCGUGGGCUGACUUGAAGGAGGUUGAAGCUGUUUUGCCCGGAGGUCAGGUUGCCGAGGUAAUUUCAUUUUUGCAUGUGCAGGUUGAGCCAGUGUCUGAAAUAGGUGUGCAGCUCCCUGCAGGCAUGACCGAACCCCAAGGUUUGCCAGAGCCAGAUUUUUAUCAUUUUCGAGCUGAGACUGAGCAAGCGCCUGUCGGGACAGUUGAGCAUGACCGUGUGGUGCCCGAAGAUGCGGAACGAUUCCUCCAUGAGUGCACCCAUCUGCCUUUCAAGCCGUGGUGCCCACACUGCAUCAGCAUGCGGGCUAUGCCAGACCGGAGUGAGUACUUGAAGGAGGGCCCGCGUGACAACCCGAUUGUCCAAUUUGAUUUUUCAUUUUCAGGCUACAGUGUGCCGGACGGCAUUUGCAACCUCGAUGAUGUUCCCGAGGACUCCCAGCGUGCACUCAAGUGUCUUGUGGCGCACGACAGCGCCACUGGAAUGAUCGCAGCGAUUCGAGGUAUUUAG